ACACUAACUCUAGUAGCUUAUUGACAACACAAAAAUCUCAACUCCUAAGACUAUUAAAAAAAUCUUUGACCGACCAAAGAAACCAUGCAAAAAUUAAUUAAAUACUUGCUAUAUAUAUAUAUAGCCAUAUCACACUUGUGUUCCCUCCAAGCCUAAGUCCACUUCCAAAUUUCAAAAAUGGCCACAACCUGUACUUCAAGAAAUCCUUGUUUAGAAGCCAAUAUUGAUGCCUACUACGAAAAUUGGCUUAUCCAACUUGAAAAUCUUCUUGAAAAACUAAAUAAAGUCUCAGCCUCAUAUGAUGUUUUCAAUGAAGAAGCUGAAGAAAAUAGAAGCAAAUUGGUGACACAAGUUUUGGAUCAUUACCAAGAAUAUUAUCAAGAAAAAUUCAAGGCAACAAAUGAAAAUAUAUUUCUUCUUAAUUCUCCACCUUGGUAUACUUCUUUAGAAAGAACAUUUCUUUGGAUCGCUGGUUUUAAACCUUCUAUGUUCUUUCCUACAAUUAAUUACUCAAUAGGCCAAGAAUUAACACCAGAGCAAGGAGAAAAAUUGAAGAGGCUAAAAUCAGAGAUAAAAAGAGAAGAGAAGGCAAUUGAAAAAGGGAUGGCGAAGGUUCAAGAAAAAGUGGCAGCGCCGCCGAUAUUUGAGCUGAUGAAAAGAGGGGGAUUGCUUGUUGACGGGGAAGCUUCGGAAUUGGAAACUGUAAUUGAUGGGUUGAAACAGUCGAUAAUGGCGGUGAUUGAAGCGGCGGAGCAUCUCCGAGGAGCGGCGGUGAAGAAGGUUCUAGAUAUUUUGCCGCCGAAGCAGGCGGUGAAGCUAUUAGCGGCGGUGGCUCAAUUUCAUCUUCAGGCCAGAAAGUGUGGUUUACGAAUGGAUAAUCAGAGUGCUAGAAGAGUAAAUGAAGAUUUUGUCCAUUGAAAAUUUCAUAAAUUUUAUCCCCCUACUUAUAUUUUUUGACUGGGCUCGAUAGAGUCAGUUGACUGUACUUUUGUCUUUUGAUAUUUGAAGAGUACAAGGAAACUGUCAUCUAGCAUCA